ACGAAGCUUGCUUCAGACUCAUUUUCAUUAUCCCAGAAUUUCAACAGUCUUUUAACUCCAUCAUACCAGUUAGCGGCAAUGCCUUGCAAAUACCCAGAGGCUAUCUUGUCUUAUAAACAGGCCUCUUGGGUGGUAGCAGCUCUAGCAGUGGUGUCUCUGAAUAUAUUGGCUAUUUCUUUAAAACUGCUUGAAGAGCAUCCUGGUUCUGAUACAG